AUGGCGCUUCCCGCAAGCAGACGAAAGCCCGUUUUACUCUGCUGUGCCCUGCUAGUCACGUUAUACGGGACAAUGCCGGCAGCAGCUCAGCACAAUCACGCCGAUGAAACGUGUGAAACGCUUCCGUCGGAAAUACAUCUUAUAAAAGAGGAAUACGACGAGCUGGGCCGCCUGUAUCGUACGUGCAACGGUGACGUGACAGUCAACAAGUGCGAAGGCAAGUGCAAUAGCCAAGUGCAGCCGUCGGUCAUCACGGCGACAGGAUUCUUGAAGGAGUGUUACUGCUGCCGCGAGUCGUUUCUCCGUGAACGGCAACUCCAGCUAACACACUGCUACGAUCCGGAUGGCGUACGGAUGACCGAUCACGAGUCGGCCACGAUGGAGAUACGCCUUAAGGAACCGAUCGAUUGUAAGUGCUUCAAGUGUGGUGAAAUGGUACGUUAA